CAAUGGUUUAGUUCGUUUUCCAGCUUCAGUCGGUGUAGGUAGUUUGGUGGUACGUCGUGGAAAUAUUGUUUAUUGCCCUUGUUCGGAUUUGUUGUUGGGGUGGUGAAUCGAAUUCAACCGGGGUGGUCUCACGCCGUGUGCAUUUCUUCACGUGUGAUCAGCAUUUUCCGAGUGUGGUGAAACAGUGAAACCGAAAAAAAUCAAUAGUCAAAGAAAAACAUAAAAGUGCACAAAAAAAAGUGAAAAAGAAGCCGAAAAGUGUACCGCAUUUAUAUUCGCAGCAGCAGCUGAGUUUGAGUUUUCCGUUCUUCCAACCGAAUCAAUUAUCGGAGUUUCGGUUUUUAUCGCCCAACAACAAAAGUUCAUACACACACCCAAACUGGAAAAAAUGGCCACAUACGCCGCAUUCAAGCACGUCGAGCUGUUCAAUGUUGGAAACGCCAAAAAGAGAGUUCUGAAGCCUCCAGGCGGUGGCAGCAGCGAUUUGUUCGGUGCCGACAAUCAACCCCAAACCCCACGCAGCAUGAACAAGAACCGAAUGCAGUCGAACAUCUUCGCCGCCCCGGAAGGGCAGAAGGCAGGAAACGUAUUUCGGCAAGGCGUCCACAGAUACUACUUUCUCGGAGAAACCCCACGCCGCGGCGCAUCCGGCCAGGACUCGUACAACCGUCUGUUCGGCGAAGCCGACCGUCCCUACACCCCGGCCAAGAAUCACAUGAAGAGCAAUCUGCCCAUCGGUAACGACGCCACAGACGCCGGCAAAACCAACGGUCACAGCAGCAGCAGCAACGGCAAGGCCAAUGGACACCACCAGAAUGGAAACGGAAUCGCCCCAGCUACAAAUGGCCACAGCAGCCACAGCAACGGCAGCAGCCACACCAAUGGACACAGCAACGGAACUUCCACAUCGUCAGCGCCAUCCCAGAAUGGAUCCACUCACAUCUUCCUGAGGAGAUUAACGUCGCCCAAGUCGUCGUCGUCGUCCACGGUGUCAUCGCCCCGCUCGCCCCGAUUUGCCCAGCGGAACCCGGUCACCGGAAAUGGCGUCGAAGACUACGCCGACAAGCCACGCAAGCCCAGCUCCAGGCGGGGAGGUAACUCAGAGAACGGCAACCCGGUGACCGGUGAGGGAUACAAAUCUGGCGGUGCAGCGGAGAUCAACACGACCGUCCCAUCGCUGAACGGUGCCGGCCAUGUCAUCAACAAGAAUCGCAUUCCUCCAGGUGGCUUCUCGUCCGGUCUGUGGUAAUCCACUGGUCGGCCGCAGUCCACUGACACUGCGGUGCACAGGGGUCCACAAAGCCUCCCGCACCGCAUCCUUUGUAUUUCAUUUCAAGAAGACACACACGUUAUAAAACCGUCGUAGAUUGGACGAACCCGUUGCAGAUGCACGCAGCAAGUUGCCAGACCUAAAUGCGAUAAGCGCAGAAUAAAUAAAGACGAUCCCGUUCCAAACAAUACAUGAGUCCGCCAUCAAACCGAGCGAUACACACUCGAACGUUGCCGCCCGUUCAAAUUCCGGCUACAUUUUUCUUUUCGUCGUCAGGAGAAGGUUUAUCGAUUUAGGAAACCGGAAAUAAUUCCGGAGUGAAUUUUCAAUGCAAAUUGUCAAAAAAUAAACUGAUAGUGAUAGCACACCAUCAAGUUAGGCACUGAGAUGUCCAAUAACAUUUAACAUAAAACGAAUUACGAAACCAAUUACCCCUUUUCUGUGUAGAAUAGCGGAACGAUAAAUUUCCAAAUUGUGAAACAAUAAACAUAAUUUAUAAAUCUCUUUAGAUUCCUGUUCGAAUUUUUUGGGAGAUUGCCGAGCAAAUUUGAUGCGCAAAAUAUAUACGAAAAGCGAACUUGAAACGAUCAGAACGGUUAAGGUUUAUCAAUAGCAAGCAGUGGCAGUAGGGCUGUGCAUUUAUCGAUAUUAUCGAUAAUAUCGAUAUUAUCGGAUCAAAUUUAUCGAUACGAUAUCCGAUAUUGCUCAAACCGAUGUAAAAUGAUACCGAUAAAAGCUAAUUAUUUCCGAUAUUUACGAUUAAUUUGAUUAUUAGGUCAGAUUUUGUAAUAUAUUUUUGUAAGUUUCGCCAUUUACGCAACAACAUUAACCCCAAAUGUGCAUUUGAAGCACAUUUACUAUACAAAUGGCACAAAAAUUCUACAUUUUUGGUGUACCUCCUUUUUAAUGCAGUUAUCUGAUAUCGAUACGAUAUCGAUAAUGUCGAAUCCGAUAUAUCGUCGAUACCGAUAUGAGAUUAAUUGCGUUUCGCCGAUACCGAUAAACGGUGAGGAUGCACAGCCCUAAGUGGCAGCGACUGUUUCAAACACCAUUUGUAGUUUUAUUAACAAACACGAGCGCGCUGCAAAUCGGCAGAAUACAACUAAUUUCGAACGAAGUUGAGAGCAAUUAACAACUUAUCAAAAUCACACACACAAGAGCAACAGUAAUUUACUACUGUGGAACAGAUAUGAGAACUUAUAUUCACAUACACGUACAUAUAAACAUUUAGAGUGCAUCUGUUUAAAAUAUUACUCAAACAAAAAAAAUGUGCAUAAAAUGAGAACAAAGACAAUUAUAAAAUCGUCAGUUUUCCAGCAAUCGUUUUUUCAGAGGAAAGUGCGCUGAUGCGCACUACCCUCCAUACUCCAACCCCACAAAAUAUCAAUGUGGUAGUAUUUAUAGUGCAGUUGAAUUGUAUAAUCUCAACAUAUUUAAAGAAAAACAAGAGAAACAUUCUUGUCCAAUUUAAGUGUACGUUUUUUCAGUGUCAAAUUCUUUAUUCCCUCCAACCUGGUUUUUUGCUUCUCUUCCGGAUCAGUAGAAUGUAAUUUUGAUUAAAUUAAUCAGAAGAAUCGUUCUCGACAAUGAUCACACCUUUUUCGCUUUUGUACUCUUUUUUCCUUGCUGCUUUGAUAGAUGAUCCCAUCUAAUCAUAUAUCUUUCUAUCGCUUAUAUCUGUAUUACGCCAGAAAGUUGCGAGGAGCGGAAGUUUUUCACGUAUUUUUAUUUGAACUCUCUUCAACCUUUCGUAGCCUUUUCUUCUUUUCCUAUUUAUUGAAACAAAAGUAUCAGUUUGAUGAUUUUUAUAAAAUUAUUGAAUAUGACUAAACAAAAACUGUUACAGCCCGAGCAAAAAUCAAGUAGCGGUUCAAAAUUAUGAUGUGAACGAAUGUGGCCUCAAUUAGAAUACCUUUGCUAUUACUAUAGGAAAAUAAAAGAAUGAAACGCAAAUUAUGGAAGAAAUAGAAAUAGGGAAAGAAGAAAGACCUUAUAUAGGAAGCCUAUAUUUGUAGAGUGGGAGAGUCAAAAUUAUUAUGAUAGUUGUAACGAUUUGAUAAAAAAAAAAGAUGGGAAUGAAAGUGCGAACAUGUAACACAUUACACAACACACAACACAAACACGCAGACAGACAUAAUCUACAUACAUACCAGAUCCGUUGCAGUCUGUGAACAACAGUAAGAGCAAGCGAAGAGAUGGAGAAAAAGCGAUGUCGAUACAUUCUUCUAUAUACCUAUUUGCAUUACGCGAAACAUAUGACACUUUUGAUGGAUCCAAAAAAUCCGAUGAGUGGUACGGAAAUCGAAAAGCAAAUACUACAACAUACAUAUUAUAUAUAGAACAGUGAAGAAAACCUAUAUAUGACAAACGCAUCUGGAUUAUAAUUGUACUUGAUUGAUUCACUCUUAUUUUCAUUUGUAAUAAUAAAUUUUAAUUUAAUAA